AAGCGCUUCAUCUAGACCCGUAAACGACAGUCAAUGAAUAAGAAAACGACACGAUUCACCGAUGUAUCUCGAUGAAAUGCGAGAAAACAGAUGUGAUUUGAGCCUAGGUUGCUUUAUGUGGUAAACAGAUUACCUCACUCUGAGCUAAAAAUAAAUGAUUUUACAAGGCCUCGUUUUUAGCAACCUCAGCUGAUGCUCAUAUAUUAUCAGGGCGGUGACACGCACUUGACCUAUGACGUCAUCCCUGAACAUAAUUUCGGACAGCGUAGUACAACAGAUUUCACAACCAGGAAAAUGUGACUGAAUAUUCGAUUAUCGAGCUUGGUUUCCUGGAACCUUUCUCACAAUGGCAGUAAUUUGUUAAUACGUUAUACUAAGACAAUUAAGAAACAAGAGUGACAUCUGGUGUCAAUGUUCAGAACCGCUAUAAACAACAUGACACUAUCAGCUCAAGUCUUUACUUUGGUGCUUCUUCUUGUAGCAGACAGAUCAAGCUCGGCACAAAUACCAGAUUCUGGUGGGGACGGCCCACGAGCAGGUGUCCGCUACACAAAUACGUGGGCAGUGCAGAUCGCCGGUGGUGACGUCACGUUAGCCCGAGAACUGGCGGAAAAACACGGGUUUCAGAAGGUUUCUCAUAUAUUUGACGACAUUUAUACGUUUGAAAGUCUUACAAAAGAGACGACUUUUUCCUUACAACAAAAGGAACUUUUGCUCCAGAAAGAUCCCCAAAUUCUUUGGUGGCAGCGGCAAAAGGUGGCGGGAUGUGAACUUUUUCGAGACAUCACUUGGCGCAAUGCUACCAUAACCGACCCAAAAUGGGGAGAGCAAGCGUGGUACAUGAACGCCACUGGAAGAUUGAGCAUGCGCAUAGUACAGGCGUGGAAUCAAUGCCGAGUUGGGCGUGGCGUCACGGUGGCCGCCAUUGACGACGGCUUGUGGACAGAAAACAAAGACAUCAAACCAAACUACGAUGCAACGGCAAGUUAUGACGUAGCUCAUGAUGAUGCUGAUCCGAAUCCAAGUGCCAGGGACAGUCACGGGACAUCAGCAGCCGGGAUUAUUGCAGCGGCAGCCAAUGAUUUCUGUGGUGUAGGAGUAGCGCCCUCUGCUAAGAUAGCUGGUAUUCGCAUGUUCGCAAACGGCGUAACGCUGACGGACGCGCUUCAGGCCAAGGCUCUUGUGUCCAGUCUGGACAAGGUGGACAUAUACUCCUGUAGCUGGGGCACCCCACGGUUGGGAUUUAGUUUAGAAGAGAUGAAGCCCCUAGAGAAGGCGGCCUUGCAGAAAGGCAUGACACAGGGUCGUGGAGGUAAGGGCGCCAUCUAUGUAUUUGCAGCUGGCAAUGGUGGCGAAGGUGAGCGUGACAGCUGCGCGUAUGACAAAUUUACAAAUGCUGUGAACACCAUCGGCAUCAGUGGCAUGACGGAGGAAGGGCGCAUGCUCAAGACCGGGGAGAAGUGCAGCGCCAUGAUGGCCACCGUGAUUGGUAAAAGUACAGACGAUUCCAGUCAGCGCGGAAAUAUAUACUCGCCUGGAAACGGCGCUGAAGUCUGUACCACAGAUUUCGCGGAGUCUUCUGCCGCGGCUCCCAUUGCAGCGGGGAUUAUAGCUCUGGCAUUAGAAGCGAACCCCAACCUCACAUGGCGUGACGUACAGCACCUCAUCGCCAGAACGUCCACUCGUGGUUUCGUCAGCAAUCCGCCAGAUCCCAGGGUAAAGUGGAUUACUAAUGCAGUUGGCUUCACAGUGAGUUCAUCGUUUGGAUUUGGUCUGUUAAAUGCCGAGGCCCUAGUGAAGUCAGCAGUAAACUGGUCAACAGUCCCGCCAGUCCAGACCUGUGACGUCAGAGAUAACACCUCAAUAAACGAAACUCUUCCGCGCACGGUGACGCCAUCAGUAAACGGAUGCCAAAUCCGAAAUCUCGAGCACGUGAGGGUGUACAUGUUGGCCAGGUUCGAGUCACGAGGGUUACUCAAGGUCACUCUGCAAUCCCCAUCGGGAACUGAAUCUCUCCUCAUUCCAGGGAGGCCGAAUGAUAAUUGGUCGAGUUACUUGGAGGUUACCGUGACCAGUGUCCAGUUCUGGGGAGAACGUCCGGAGGGAAACUGGACAUUAAAGUUUGAAAGCACCACCGGAGAUGCCAACCACACUGGAAUUCUGUACGAUUACAACAUCACCUUCUACGGGACGGCGUCUGGGAACCUGCCGAUGCCAACUACACCUAGCGGGACAACUACCCCCUCUAGCGGCGCCCCACCUUGCGGUCCUACUUCGUCAAGUGGGACUAGCCGUGGACAUACUUUCAGCGUUGUGUCAAUUACUGUGAUACUUAUUUUCUUAUUGGUCUUGUCAUGAUUUGCGAAUGAGACAAUCUGGUCAUAGCAUGAAAAGAUUUUAUAGGUACUAGGUGGGAAGAAAGUUUUACUCGUAUGCAACAGUUAUGCAAAUAUUACAUAAAAUGUCUGCGUCACCGACGAUAA